AUGAAGGAGCAGGAUAAGAGCUCGACAUCCGACGCUGGGGGUGUCAGGAAGGCCGGGAAGGAGGCUAAUGAGAAGCAGAGUGAUAGUAAGAAGUACAAUUUCCUUGUGAGAACGUUGUGGACUUUUGUUAUGAUAGCUGGAUUCUUUAUCACAUUGGCGUCCGGUCAUUUCUGGUGUAUAAUGUUGAUAUUAGCUUGUCAGAUUGCCACUUUCAGGGAAUGUAUCGCGGUGACGAGUGCAUCUGGACGUGCGAAAAACUUGCCUUUGACAAAGACUCUGAAUUGGUACUUUCUCUUCACGACGAUCUACUACUUGGACGGCAAAUCGCUUUUCCAGUUCUUCCAGGAUUAUUUCAUAGAGUACAGGGUGCUUACGCUGUUGGCGGCGAACCACAGGUUUAUCUGCUAUUGCCUGUACCUGCUGGGGUUUGUUAUGUUUGUGUGCAGUCUGCGCAAGGGGUUUUUGAAGUUCCAGUUUGCGUCUCUGUGUAUAACACACAUGGUUUUGAUGUUGGUCGUGGGCCAGGCGCAUCUGAUUAUAAAGAACGUGAUAAACGGGCUGAUUUGGUUCCUGUUGCCCUGCGGGCUCGUGAUAGUGAACGACAUCUUCGCAUAUCUCUGCGGGAUCACCUUCGGACGCACCAAGUUGAUCGAAAUCUCGCCCAAAAAGACACUCGAGGGAUUCCUGGGCGCCUGGUUCUUCACCGCUCUCGCAAGCAUCAUCCUGACCAAGCUGUUCUCGUCGUUCAUGUACAUGACUUGUCCGGUCAAGGACAUCCACACCAAUUUUUUCUCGAAUUUGCGCUGUGAAUUGAACCCUGUGUUCAUACCGCAGGACUACAGACUACCGCCGAUCAUCUUCGACAAAUUGGGGAUUUCCGUGAUCACCAUCAAGCCUAUCUAUUUCCACGCGCUGAAUCUGGCUACUUUUGCGUCGUUGUUCGCGCCAUUCGGUGGUUUCUUCGCAUCCGGUCUGAAGAGAACCUUCCAAGUGAAGGACUUUGGCCAUUCAAUUCCCGGCCACGGUGGUAUCACAGAUAGAGUCGACUGCCAAUUUCUGAUGGGCUCCUUCGCCAACCUAUACUACGAGACAUUCAUCAGCGAAAACAGAAUCACUGUCGAGACCAUUCUGUCCACCAUACUGAUGAACUUGGACGAAAGACAGAUGGUCAGCUUAAUCUCCACGCUGACAGCGAUCCUUUUCAAGAAGGGCGUCUUCAACGAGCAAAUGUACAAACGCUUAGCUUCCAUAUACAAUGCGGCUACAGAGAAGCUAGUUUAG